AUACGAACCUACGACGAUUACCAAAGACAGAACGCUGUGGGCGUAGCUUUGAGAGCAGCAGCAGCCAAUACCGCGGGAACCCACAGACAUUUAAUAGGCGGCUCCUGCGACGACGCGGCGGGCUAGACCAGGCUAUAAAUACGAGUGCGGAGCAACAAAUCUAGUCAGUGUGUUCAACGGAGCUUUCCGCAGCAAGACCCACCCAGGGCAGACUUGCACGGAUAGAUUUCAUACACAUUAUUACGAUUUAAAACCUAACAAAAAUUGUAAUAUUUUCCUUAGGUAAAAAAUAUACAAAAUACAUAAAUACAGUCUGCUGAAAGUUAUUUUCCUCGCCGGAAUAAUCGUUGUUGGAUAACUUUUAAUAUCAUUCGUACUUAGUGUUAUUCACCGCUAACGUUGUUAUUAAAUUAUUGUUGGUAGCUACAAAAAUGUUGAAACAUAUUAUUGUGUUAGUUUUAUGUUUUAUGCCUUAUAUUAUUGGAAAUUUAGGUGAUAAAACACCAUUAGAUUAUUUAGGUGAAGUUCAACGUUUUGUCGAAUGCUAUG